GCUCCAUCCCCCGCUCCUCUUCUGCAACAGAAAUAUAACAACAAAGAAUGGCAAUGGCGGCGUUUAUUUUGAAGUCAGACAACCAAUUCAUUACACCGGCUUCAUCAAACGCCGACGUUCUUGUUUACGACUUCGACCACAUGGGCGACAUGAACACUACUCUUCAGAUCAACGAAAAAGGAGCACUCUUGCCAAAGCGUCCGGCCGUUCGCGUCGGCCCUUCUUCGCCGCAGCACAAGGCGCUGCAAGCGUUCGGCGUCGCGAUCGAGGGCGAGCAACUCGGUGGGCUGGCUCGCGAGCUCGCAGGAAUAGAAGACGGGAACAAUGUGUAUGUCUACGUGAACCGUCUCGGGCUCUGCAUCAUCACAAAAAUCAACCAUCCAUCCGUCAAGGCCAUGCGGAUCAACGAUUACUUUGGCUGGUCCAAGUAUGGCGUGAGGGUUCCUCGAGAGAUGAUUUGCAAGUCCACCACCACCUUGUGGAACAGGCUCGACAUGUUCACCGGAGAAACCAUGAUGGACGUCGGAGGAAUGGCGAGAGCGGCGGAGGAAGCCAAGGAGCUGCGGCGGAGCCUGGAGGAGGAGAGGUUGGAGCUGGCUGUGUGCAAGAUGGAGCUGGGGUGGAUGAAGAAGAACGAGUCGCUUUGGAGCAAGCUGGUGGAAGACAAGGAGAAUCAACUUCAAGCUUUCAAGGCUGCCUUACGUGAAGCCCUUGGUUGAUCUUCGUUAAAGGCUAUGGUAGAUCGAUCAUCAUCAUAAUCACGAGGAAGAAUCAAUAAAAGUCCGAUCUUAGUCCAGUGAAUUUGAACACUCCCAAUAUCAAAGCUUAAUUAUUGGGUUUCUCUCUAAUUAAUUCAUCCGGUCCCGUUCAUGUACACUUUCUAUAUGCUAAUGUAAUUAAAGAAGAACAUUUAUGGUAAUGUAAAUAAAGAAUAAUACUAGAAAUGACAAUCUCGACCUCAUCCGUUUUACAUUCGAUUUAUUAAAAUAAUUUUGGAACUCUUCUCGAUUGACCGAAUUGAUUGCAACAAUAAUCACAAAAUAAUGAAUGGUUUGGGAUUUG